AUGGCAUCACCCACAACCCAGACGGGCACAGAGCCUAAGCAGCGACGCCGAACUGCUCCACGCAUCAUUCCCGCCGUUCCCCUCAAAUUCGCGCGCCGACCGCCAACCGUGAGACCCCUCACUCCAGAAGGCACCGCUCGCGGUCCGCUGGCUAGCACCGACGCGGACUCCCUGCCGUCUGUUGAGAAGAGUGCACCAGUAUCUACCGCCUGUGAUCCGCCCACUCCACAGUCCAGAGCCUCCGAGACCGUCAACGGGAACCCUGAAGCAGACGAACGCGAGAGCUUGACGGCGGCCCCAGGUGCCAUCACCCACCAAGACUCUUCCCCAAAGGAAACAGACAGAGAUCAAUACGACACAGAGAUCCCUCCCCAGAAGGCACCUGUCAGCGAUGAGCACGUCGACGCAACUGAGCCUUCCUCGCUUGAGCAGGUUAUAUCUCCCGCCUCUCCCCUAAAGGACCCUCAAAGCCGCAUUCUUCCCACUGCCCAACAGGUCUCCUCGCACGCCGGUCGCGCCAGUCUAGACAAUAUCGUGUUCGGAAGUGCGCAGGAGACUGCCCCCGCCCCUAACACAACGCAUACCCAAGGGCAGACCAACGGUGUCGUACCUCAAACCUUUCUGGGCCAUCCUCCGGGCCUGACCGGUCCCCAUUUCCCACCCCCUUCACAUUCUGAUGGUUCUCAGCUGGUCCCUGGCAAGGACCCUCUCUGGGGCACUGCACCCGUUGGAGCUGCUCCUAAGGGGCCAUAUGUACCUAGUUUUGGUCCGCAUUCCCAGCCCCAUGGCAACGCAACAUACCAGGGCACCCCGAAUGGUCGCUACUCUCCUCCCCAUGCCACCGAGAUGUCGACCCGCUCGAGCUCGCACAGCCCUCGUAAACUACCACGUGCCAACCUAGCGAAUCCCGCCGUGUACGGCAGCGAAACAUCGGAGACCACAUACCCUGAUUGGAAUAAGCCACCGCAUACGGGCUUGAAACCACAAGAACUUGGGCCUCCCAGCUUCCAAGAGCCGUUGGACCUUGCCACCUGGCUCAUGGACCAGGUAGGGAGACCCGAAUUUGCCGAUUUCUAUCUUCAAGUACGCACAAACGAUACAGUCCUCUGCGCUGUUCCUGUGCAUGCGGUGGUUGUUGGUCGAAGCCGUCCAAUUCUGGCUGCUAUUCGGAAUGCAUUGGCAUCUGCGCCGCGUUUAAGAGACGGUCCGCUGACUGCCAAUUUGUUCACGGAUAACCCGUUUGUCAGCCCCGAAUCUCUGAAGGAAGGCAUCAAGCUGUUGUAUGGUGCACCGCUUUUGGCUGUCAAUUCGAUCUUAUACCAGUUGGUACCGUUUCACCCGGGACAUGGAACUGGAGUCCCUUCUAACGAUGCUCGAACUCGGAUGUCCCAAGCGAUCAGCUACACAGCCACUGGCCAUGUACUGGAGUUGUAUAGCAUGCUCACUCGCGGUGUUGAGCUCGUGAAAGCACUCCUGCGCUGGGAUACGGUUGAUCAGGCGCUGUCCUGGGCCCUUACCAUGGCCCCGUUCUACGCCGACCAUCUCCUUGCUGACAAGUCAUCGAAUCGCAUCGAACAUCAAGUUGCCCAUUUGCUCAGACAGGACAUCAUCGAGUUCCUUGCCAUCAAUCUUCCUAUUGGCUUCGCCUUGCAAGUUGCGGCGCCAGAGUUGCCCAACCUCCCGCGUUUGCCAACCAUCUCGGAUCAGUCUGGCCAUAACCCGAGACUGAGCCAGAUCCGCUUCGGGGAUGCACCUGCCGAGGAAGAGCAGAAGCCGGACUUUGUCACCUCGACCCUCUCGAGUGUGCUUCUGUCUGCGCCUCUUCCUCUUGUGGACAAUACACUAAACCACCCUGCAGUUGUAUCCCGUUUGGGCUGGCAUGGCGUCCAGACGUUAAUGGACGCUGUGGUCGGUGAGCGGGAGCGCAGACGUUCGAGGAUCCUGCAAGCGGUUGAGACGAGGUUUUCUGGACACGAGAGCGACGCGUAUCCGAAAGAGGUGUUCGAGGGCCUGCUAUGGCACGAGCAUGUUGUUGCCUCUCCUGCGCACCCGUCUGGUUUCUCCGUGAGGGCGACGCGCUUAGGCAACCAGAAAUCGAACUGGAAUACUCCUGCUUGA